AUGGCUGAGAACGAUGGAUCCCUUGUUUCCCCCGCGGAGCUGCACGAGCGUGGCCAGUGCAAACCGUGCCCUUUCUGGGUGCGCCCGAACUCGAGAUGCCACUUCGGAGCCCGAUGCCACUUUUGCCACCUCUGCGGCGAGAAGGACUUGAAGAUCUACUACUACCAAGCUCGCAAGGAGGAGAAGUGGAAGAAUCCGCAGGCAGGGCUGCCCCGGGCCGACGACCCGGAGAACGGCGCGUGGCCUGCGGGACCAGUCCCCACACCCAGGGAGCGGGAGAGCUUCGAGCCAGGUUUUGCACGGGCACGUGCCGACCAGGAGGUGCCGAAGGCCAGAGCAGCGCCAACAGGUGUAGGUGUUGCACACAAGGAUUGGCAUCUUCCCGUCCAGCGUUGGCAGCAGAAUUGGCAGGUCAUACCUCAGGAGCUUUUCUUUCAGGUGAAGGAGAACAAGCUGAUCUUCUGGAUGUGA